UUUCCCUGGUAACGAGUAUAGAGUAUCGUCACUUCCGGCGUGCUUUCCCCUUCUCGUGGUGUUCCUCGUGGUCGGUCCAGUUUAGCCGUUCAGACCGCGAUAUUGGGGCGGGCUUUAGAGGCCCGCCCCGAUCACACCGACCAGGAUGGCGGAGCCAGCUGGGGUCUCGAGUCGGCAUGAGAAGAGUUUGGGAUUGCUUACCAGUAAAUUCGUGUCGCUCCUUCAGGAAGCUAAGGAUGGAGUGCUGGACCUGAAGGUGGCAGCAGAUACUCUUGCUGUAAGACAGAAGCGGAGAAUAUACGAUAUCACCAAUGUUUUGGAAGGGAUUGGGCUGAUAGAGAAGAAAUCAAAGAACAGCAUUCAAUGGAAGGGUGUAGGUGCUGGAUGCAACACAAAAGAAGUACUAGAUAACCUGAGAAACCUUAAAGCAGAAAUCGCAAACCUGGAGCUUAAGGAAAAGGAACUCGACCAACAAAAAGUGUGGCUUCAACAAAGCAUCAAAAAUAUCAUGGACGAUCCAAUCAACAGACCAUUUUCAUUUGUAACGCACGAUGAUGUCUGCAACAGCUUUAGUGGAGACACACUUCUAGCAGUCCAAGCUCCAUCAGGAACACAACUGGAAGUUCCCAUUCCUGAAGUGGGCCAAAAUGGACAGAAGAAGUAUCAGAUCAGUUUAAAGAGCACCGCUGGACCAAUUAAUGUGCUUCUUAUUAAUAAAGAGUCUGGCUCCUCCAAGCCAGUGGCGUUUCCAGUUCCUCCUCCCGAUGACCUUUCUCAGCCUGGAAUGCCUGCGCCGAGUAAAGAAAGCUCAACACAGAAUACCUCUGGACAGACAGACGCUGUUCAGAACCCCAGUCAAACACAUGACCCGGCAUCAGGUGAGUGCACGCCUGCAGCUUGUUACACGGGGGUACCAGAGUCCAUUUUAUAUGCUGGUCUUGAUGCAGCUUCAGUACAAACCGCUUCUGGCUCCGGUACAUAUUCACCUCUGCUCCCCGCUGAAGACGCCAGCAUCCUUAAACCCGGCGCAUUUGAUAUCACAAAAAUGGAUGAGACGGAAGGUCAAAUAUGCGGUGAUCUAAUUGACGAACUGAUGUCUUCUGAUGUGUUUCCUUUAUUGCGACUUUCCCCGACUCCAGGAGAUGAUUACAACUUUAACUUGGAUGACACCGAGGGAGUCUGUGACCUGUUUGAUGUGCAGAUACUAAACUAUUAGAUUUUAAUUUUUUCUUUUGGAUUUUUAUCUACCUCUUGUUUGCCUUACACGACUCUACCAGUGAGCUAAACGCUACUUAGGAUUACCUAUGUUUACUUUUUUUUUUGUACAUUGUAACUAGAUUUUAUAAGUAAUUCUA